UUGUUCACGUCCACUCAACUCUCGUGAAUGAGCCAGCUAGAGAGCUAACGCUAGCAAUGCUAACUAGCUAGCAUCAAAUAUCAUCUGCUAUAUAGCCUUUGUUGUUUAUCUUCUGACGACAGUAUAUACCAAAAUACCACCAUUUAAAAAUGGGAAUAUAAGCUCUUUGCUGUGGUUGUGUAGUUAUCUUAAGUGAUGGAUAGAAGUUUGUUGUAACGUAAGUUGACUUAGCUUGCAAACAUGAGCUUAAACAGCUAACAACAAGCAACACAGCUAACUAAAGAGGAGUAAUGUUGGUGGUAGUUGCAGAGCAUUUUGUAAGCGGCAUCACAGGCAGUUAAAUCAGAGCUGACUAUUUAUUAGCGCACUUUAGCCGGACGAUGGACGAGCUGGUCCAUGACCUGGUGUCAGCCCUGGAGGAGAGCUCUGAGCAGGCUGCCCGUGGGGGUUUUGGGGAUGGAGGAGACCAUGCUCUGGCUGUGGGCUGUCUGCUGAAGAGGCAGGCUCGGAAGCGUAGAGGCAGGAAGCGACGCUCGGACAACCCGCACCCGCCGUGGGAGGCAGGCCACCUCAGUGAGGGCUCAGAGUCCAGCGUCGAAGAACAGAAGGACUACCGAGCCAGUACAGGGGGGGUCUCGGCUGCCAACAGCCAUGCCCGUGACAACAGCGAUUCGGAUGAACAACUUGGCCCCAAACGGCGCACCCUCAUCGCAGCAGAAACAGGACGAAGCAAGCGACCGAUUUGGCCGGACGACCUGGGUGUCCUGGGGUCCGCAGAGGGAACUCGCAGCCUCAGGCGGAGACGAAAGGUCAAACGUAUGGCGGUAGACCCCCCUGCAGAACCAGAACCCCCUUCCUGCACCAUGCUAGGGCCCCCGCCUGUCCCCAAAGCCCGUGUCGGUGCCAGGCCGCAUAGAAUGGGUGCUAAUGAGGGCAGGGGGCCCAUGGAGUUGUAUGGAGGUGGAAUGAUGGGGCCUGGGGGAGGCAAGAACAGGGUGAAGAAGAGGAAAAUGGCCCCCCACAGACUGGGGAUGGAGGCUGCAGAUGAAGGGGUGGUGGUGGAGAGUGAGGACCCCAUCUCUUCUCCAAUAGAAGUGUCCAAGGACAAGAUGGAGUUGGAGGAGCAGAAGGGCUCAGAUGAGGACAUGAGUGAUAGGUGUGAGACCAGUAGUGUCAGUAACAGCAGUGACGGAGGCCUCUACACCAACGAUGAGGGGAGGCAAGCUGAUGACGAGCAGAGCGACUGGUUCUUUGAGGGUGAGCCGGGCUCCGGUUCAGCACCCGGGGGGGCGUGCGGGAUAGCGGGGGUGGUCCCCUGGUGGGAGAGGGAGACGGCUUCAGAGGAGCUGGACUUAACUGACCCCGUCUUCAACAGCAUCCUCAGCGGGUCCUUCCCCCUCAUGGGGCCUGGAGGACAGAGAGGGUUCCAUGCCAGGCUGAGCCGUCUCCAUAGUAACCAGCAUAUACCCCAGGCAGGCAGCUCCGGACAGAGCUUCAACGACCGGCUGGGCAGACAGAGCCAGGACCCCCACGAGCCUUGGUUCAGCUCGGGCUCCAGGAGAGAGCACGGACAGUUGCAUUGGGACUCUCGGUCAGACAGAGGGCAUCGGAGAAGCUGUUCGGUGAAAACAGCCAGCAGACAGACCAGCGGGCACCUGGGCUCUCUGUGUACAGGGGAUGUCAAGCGGAGGCGAAAAGCAGCCCCCCUCGGUUCCACCGCCCCCCCAGUAGUGGUGGGGGAGAACGCACCCCCCCUCCCUGACACUAACAUGGGGAGCCGCAUGAUGCAGAGCAUGGGCUGGAGCCCGGGGAUGGGCCUGGGUCCGGAGGGCAGGGGCAUGACCGAACCCGUCCGGGCCACGCAGAGACCCAAAGGAACGGGCCUAGGCUUCAACUGAAAACCCGAGGAUUCUGGAUCCUGAACCUGAAGGAUGCUGGGAGAAGACACUGAGAGAAACAGAGAGCGAGGGAGAGGAAAUGCUGCUCAGGGCGACGAACGAUAAAAAAACAGUCCAGAAUAACCCAGACAUGUGAGUCAUAAGUAGGAAAGGAAUCAGUCUUGUCCUAGCAACAGUCGAGACAAACUUUCCCAUAUUGGGGAAACAGCGAGACGUCUGGCACAUCCACACAGAUAGAGAGAAGACACGUGGAAGUGAUUGAAACGGAGCAGGAGAAAAGACUUCAUGCAACGGGACCUUUCACAAAACUCCAUGUUGGAGAUAUCUUAUGACAUUGAUGUCUCAUUAGCGUGUCAUACUGAACCAAUGAUGACAGUGUGGUUUGUUUUCAUUCAGUGGUAUCAAUUCAAUAACGAUAAAUGGUUUGUUUAAGUAACAAAAUACACUAGGUUAAGUUGUGCCAAUGCUAGCUUGACUGUACUGCAGACUGCUGGAUUUAGCCUCCCAUAGCCAUGCUCAAUGACUUUACACACACUGUAUGACAAAUAUAUGAUUCUCUAGUUACAGCAAUUCCAGCAUCUCCAAACAGUUUUGGAAAUUCCCCCCGAAAAAAAUCUAAGACAUUGCCUGUGUUUUUAAAGUGCAUUCAUAACUUUCACAGGUGUUUUCACUUUGCCUGAUUAGGUCUAAUUAGAGAUAAGUGAAAACACCUGUUGGACUGUGCAGGACCUUUUUAAAUGACAUUUCUUUUAAAACUUUAUUUUAGACCCUUUGUCAUUGACCUAACUGUGAUAUUGUUUCCUGUGUUCAUUUAGCUUGCCUGCGACCAUAGAUUGUCCAAUACCAAUUUGGAAAUUAUUGUCAGUGCAAGUAUAGAGAUUAAGGUCUAGAAAAAUAAAUGAAAUUAUGAAUUAAAAAAUGAGAAAGAA